UCGAACGUUCAGCGGUCGCGUCGUCGUGAGCGGUUAAAAACGCCAAAAUCGGUUAAAAAACUGCCAAACUCAAGUUGUUUACCCAGUGCAUUUAAAUUACCCAAAUAGAGCAAUGCGCCUGCUGAUUUUCCUGCUGCUGCCACUGGUGGCCAUCGCCCAAGGCGAUGACUACUGCUUCAGCAAGGACACCUCCCGCCUCCAGACGCGCCAGUUCUCCUCGAAGACCGCCUACCAGAUCGUCAAGGGCACGGACAUCGACAAGCAGUACCUGGUGCCCGGCUGCCAGCCCCAGAAGAUGUGGAUCUUCCACAGGCAUGGAACAAGGCUGCCCAAGAAAAGCAUGAUCAACAAGGCGCCCAGAGUGGCCGAGCUGCGCGAUCUCAUCAUAAAUAACUAUAAGGUGGCCAAGACCAAGCCGGAAACGGAUGAGCUGUGCCAGACCGAUCUGUUGGCCAUCCAGUUCUGGAAAUGGAACAGCAGCAUAACGCCCGACAUGGAGGAGUAUCUGACCACCCAGGGUUACGACGAUCUCAGGGGCACGGCCAAACUGUAUCAGCGCUACUACCCUAGUGUGCUGCCUCCGGUCUACAAUGAUACCUAUUAUCAGUUCCGUCACACGGACACCCAGCGCACCACGGAAAGCUUCAAGGCCUUUGCCGAAGGACUCUUUGGCUCCCUGAAUUCCGCCCACUCCGUCGAUAUCCCCAAGCAGGAUCUGCUGCUCCGUCCCUAUGACUACUGCUCGUCGUUCAAGGAUGUGAACUACAAGGGCGCGGGCUCUGAGUACGAAAAAUUCCAUCAAUCUAAGCUGUACAAUGACACUCUGGCGGAUAUAUCCACUCGAUUGGGUUUCCUUUACACCCUGGAGGAGGAGGACAUUAAGCUGAUGUACGACAUGUGCCGCUAUGAGCAGGCCUGGAACGUGGACCGCAACAGCGUCUGGUGCGGUGCCUUCCUGCCGGAGCAGGUGACUGUCUUCGAGUAUCUGGAGGAUCUGAAGUACUACUACGGAUCGGGCUAUGGGUUCCCGGAAAUCGAGCGCCUUAACUGCCGCCUGGUGCAGGACCUUCUCACCCACUUGAACAACCCCGUUUCGCCGCACGUGGUGGCUCAUUUCGGGCACUCAACGGGUCUGCUGACCCUGCUCACUGCGUUGGGCAUCAAAAAGGACGAUAUCAAACUGAGGGCUGACAACUACGACAGCUUGACCAGCCGUCGCUGGAAGACCAGUCUGAUCGACCCGUUUGCCUCCAACUUCGUGGCCGUGAAGUACGACUGUCCGACGGAACUGGACCGCGAGAAGGUGGUAUUUUUCCUGAACCAGCAGGCCGUCCAGCUGGACUGGUGCAAUGUGGGCCUGUGCAAGUGGUCCGCUGUGCUGGAGAAGUACAGGGGAAUUGCGGAGGCGGACUGCGGUGAUUACUACUGCCGGACGGGCGGAGCUGCGACGCUGGGAUCCGGAAUUUCCGGCCUCCUGGCCACCGCCCUCGCCGCCAUUCUGGUCUACUUAAUGCACUAACUUUCGAUUAGAAUAGCUCUUAACUUGUAAUGUACAAAGUUCGUACCAAAUGAAGGGCCGUCUCGCCUGCGGAUGUCAGUCAAGUAUUUUUCGAUUUAGAUUUUCUACAUUUAAUCCAGCAAAAAGCACAAAACUUCCCCACAGUCGAAAAACCACACCAUACAAACACACACUCGGUCACUGAAAAUUCAUCUUAACGAUUUUAUAAAUGCUUAACGUACGUUGACAGCGCUACAGUCAAAAAUAGCUUUAUAUUAACUAAAUAAAAUGAGUAUUUAAAAUGUGA